GUGGCAUGAUGGGAGAGAUCAGAGAACAUUUUCUCCUGAAGCCAGCCUGUUCUCAGGAGGGGCUAUUAAGGAGGGGUUUGUGCUGGCGCAAGUCAGGGGCCAGGGAUGCAAAGUUCAGGGAACUGGGGGAAAGAAAGCUUAACCAAACUUUGGUUAACAAGCAUUUUGUUCUGAAUGAUCAUUGGGCCAAGCAAUUCAUCCAAGCGUUUUUGAGGCAGAGAAGUGGAAUUUAAAGUCUGUGUCUAGCCUUGUCAUAGGUAAACAAGGGGGCACCCAUAAGUUUUAUCUAAGUCAUAUCACGGAGUGUGUUUCUUUACAAUAAUCUGUGUUCCAGAACACCAAAGGCGGGAGGCGUUUCCUAACUUUGGCUGUUUUUCAGGAUCACAGGGCUUAGGUAAAGGUCAACAUUGUCAAUACAUUUCCUGAUAAACGCAUGCAAGAAUUUCUUUAAAGUAGAUACCCAGAAGUGGAAUUGCUGGGUCAAAAGGUAAGUGUAGUUUCACACUACUGGGUGAUGCCGAAUUGUUUCCCCAAGUACCAGUUUACACUUCUAUCAACGGUAUUUGGGAGCUCCAGUCGCUCCACAUCGUCACCGACUUUUGAGGACUUCAAAAUGUUUGCCAAUCUGGUGGAUGUGAAGUGGGUCUCACUGCAUUUCCUUGAUUAUUAAUGAGAUUGAGCAUCUUUCAUUGUUAAUUGGACUUUUUUCUCUUCUGUGAAGUGUCUUCGGCCCACUUUUCAAUUGGAUUGUUUAUCUUUUUCUUACUGGUUUGUGGGAGUUCACCAAUAUGUUUUGUAAAAAUAAAUGGAUGAACGACUGAAAGGCUCUGAACUGAGAAAGAACUGAGAUUAGAUUUAGGAGAGCCCCAACAAGUAAAAAUCUUAAAAACUGCCCCUCCCGCAGGCUUCUAAUUAGAUCCUCACUAGAGCCUUAUGAAAACUCUGUAACCCCAUUUCUCAGGUGAGUUUUUCCAUUAUCGCCGACUUCUCUCUGUGGGAAAGGGACUGGAACGACUUCUCCCAGACCUCCCCAGCUCCCAUUUCCACAUUCAGACUCCCAGCGGACUACCUGCGGGUUAAAAAGUACUAUUGCAACACAGACAACUCGGGGCUGCUCGCGCUGUUCUCGCGAGAAUUGGUUCCAGCUGAUCAUGUGAUAAUCCAAGAUGGCGGUGCCCAGCGAGGCAGAGAAGGAAGCGCCAGUUUACUUAAUAGUGAGCGGUAUCCCUUCGGAGUUGCGCUCGGCCCAGCUACGGAGCUACUUUAGCCAAUUUCGGGAACAGCGCGGCUGUGGCUUCCUCUGUUUCCACUACCGGCAUCGGCCUGAGCGGGCCCCUCCCCAGGCUGCUCCUGACUCUGCUCUAACUCCUACCGGCCAGGUUCUCGCUGAGACUUCAGUCACCGAUGCCCGCGCUCUCUCCACUCGGGACUCGGCUCCCGCCCAGACCCGCACCUGCUGCUGCGUCAUCUCGGUACCGGGGGCGGCUCAAGCCCAGAGGCUUCUUCGCAUGUACUCCGGCCGCCGUUGGCUGGAUUCUCAGGGGACUUGGUUGCCCGGUCGUUGUUUCAUCCGCAGACUUCGGCUACCUACUGAGGCAUCAGGUUUGGGCUCCUUUCCCUUCAAGACCCGGAAGGAACUGCAGAGUCGGAAGGCCAAGAGUGAAGCCUUCACUCUGGCCGACCUGAGGCAACUGCCAGAGCUGAACCCACCAGUGCUGAUGCCCAAUGGGAAUGUGGGAACUCCCCUGGGGGUUUUUUUGGAGUUGAUCCGGGCCUGCCGCCUACCCCCUCGGAUCAUCACCCAGCUGCAGCUCCAGUUCCCUAAGACAGGUUCCUCCCGGCGCUAUGGCAAUGUACCCUUCAGGUAUGAGGAUUCAGAGACUGUAGAGCAGGAAGAACUUGUGUACACCGCCGAGGGCGAGGAAAUACCCCAGGGAACCUGCCUGGCAGACAUACCAGCCAGCCCCCGUGGAGAGCCUGAGGAGGAAGGGGAAAAGGAGGAGGAAGAAGAGUCACACUCAGAUGAUGACGAUGACCGGGGUGAGGAGUGGGAGCGGCAUGAAGCACUGCAUGAGGACGUGACCGGGCAGGAGCGUACCACGGAGCGGCUCUUUGAGGAGGAGAUCGAGCUCAAGUGGGAGAAGGGUGGCUCCGGCCUGGUGUUCUACACUGAUGCCCAGUUCUGGCAGGAGGAAGAAGGAGACUUUGAUGAACAGACAGCCGAUGACUGGGAUGUGGACAUGAGUGUGUACUACGACAGAGAUGCUGGAGACAAGGAUGCUCGAGACUCUGUCCAGAUGCGUCUGGAACAGAGACUCCGUGAUGGCCAGGAGGACGGCUCUGUGGUCGAACGCCAGGUGGGCACCUUUGAGCGCCACACCAAGGGCAUUGGGCGAAAGGUGAUGGAGCAGCAGGGCUGGGCUGAGGGCCAGGGUCUGGGAAGCCGGGGCUCAGGGGUGCCCGAGGCCUUGGAUAGUGACGGCCAGCACCCCAGAUGCAAGCGUGGAUUGGGGUAUCAUGGAGAGAAGCUACAGCCAUUUGUGCAACUGAAGAGGCCCCGCGGAAUCGGCUUGGGGCUCAUCUCCACCAUCUACGAUGAACCCCUACCCCAGGACCAGGGGGAGCUGCUGCUCCGCCGCCAGCCACCCACCAGCAUGAAGCUUCGGACAGACAUGGCCUUUGUGAGAGGUUCCAGCUGUGCCUUGGACACCAACUCAGAGCCCGAGUGAUGACAGAUUCAGGGGCUUCCUUAGUCAGGGUCACUCAUAGCUGCAGUGGCAGCCCCCUGCCGGGACUCCCUCCGGAGUAGAAAGAACUCUGGGAGUAGCAAUCUGCACAACUUGUUCAGGGUGCUUUGUUCUGAACUUGCCUUCAGGCUCUCUACCUCAAGGGUGUUUUUACAAAAAGCCCCGCUAUCCUCCUCCCUUUUGAUAUUAGGGCUUAAUGACCUCUCCUCCUUGGUCUCCUAACCUUAGUUCCUGUUUAGACCUGCCCGUUGCCUCCCCCAGUACCUUGAAAGGCUGGACUGACUGAGGCUAUCAGCACAACCUUCAUUGGCGGGUCACUAUGAAGGCCAGAAAGUGGGAGGAAGAGACCUGGGAGAGGAGAGGGUUUGUGGGGCUGGGAAGAGACGGUCUUGGGGCGUGACCUCCCACGCCUCUACCCUUACCCGGCUGCGUCCGGAGAGUCCGCGGGAGGUGGUCGGGUCUGCGACCUAACGGGAGAGUAAAGGUUUGACUGGG